AAAUUUAUCACUUGAAAAAUAAAUGAUAAAACACCAUUGGCACGACUAAAUAAGAAAAUUGUAUAAACUUGUAUAAACUAUGUAUAAUCCCAUCUAAAGGGAGGUUCGGAAGUUUGGAUUAGAUUGAAUGAAAUAGUACGUAAUUUAGGGCAAAUUAUACCGUGGGAUCGGUGUACCGUGCGCACGGUAUACAGAUCCCAAUACGGUAUCGUUUUGCCACUAAAACAAGCACCGCAAAUCAUCAUUCCCUAUUUCCGUUUCAUCACAAGCAGCGCAAACCAUCAUCCAAUACAGCCCUCUUCUCCUUUCCCCAAGGUGUUCUGCGAUUUCUUAUGCUCGGCUUUGUUGGAAGCCUCAAAGGAAAACAAGUGGAGCAAAUUAUAAGCCACGAAGAAGAGCUGUGUCCGCCAUAGUAAUGGAUCUUCUGGGCAGGCCGUUCGUCGGAGCUAUGGCCGCCGCCGCCAAGAACUCGUACAUCUUGAGAGCUAGUGCCAUCUCUAAGAGCUACACCAGCGGCUCAACAAUUGAGUUCAUUAUUAUGCUUUGGGUGUAUCUUUUCAUGGAUGUGAGGAUCAAUUUAUACGGAGAUGGCAAACAUUUGCUUUUUGAGUUUCUAGGGAUCAAUUUGGAUGCUUUGGCCUUCGGGUAUGUCAGAGUAAACAACGUAAUAUUGGAGCAAAUUAAUCCAAUUUCUGUUGGCUUUGGGCGCGCGUCCAGUUAGAACACAAGGCUAGCCGCAGGCCCAUGCUCCUUGGGAAGGGACGAACAUCUUGUGUCGAGGGUUGUUAAGGCUCAACGGUCCAUCGCGAUGAACGUCUAUGCAAGGACCAGGGGCAGGACCACGGGCUGUAAGGAAUAUAUGUAAUUAGAUUUUGAUGAUGCUAUAGGAUUAGAAAGUUAGAGUACCCCCAAUUAGAUGUUAUGUAUUAGAAUUUUCAAUUGUAAGUAUUAGUGUAGUCGACGAUCAGAGUUGCUCUGCCUUGGAUCAGAUCAGAAGUGCAUCAGAAUUGCUCGACCAGACUUGCUCUAUGAGAACUGCUCCAUCAGAGUUCUCUUAUCAGAAGUCCAUCAGAGUUGCACCAUGAGAGUUGCUGGUAAAUUUGGACAUCUGAUAACCGAUGAGAGUUACAGAUCAGAGGUACUCAUCAGCGGACCUAUCAGAAUCAGAGUUAGAGUUCAGUCAGAGAUCAGAAAGCCAUCAGAACUCAACACAUUAGAAGAGCCUGAUCAGAGCCCGACUAACACUUAGAAGAUUUCAAGCAACAUCCAACAGCUAUGAAUCCAACGGGUAAAAACAUCCAACGGCUAGAAGACUGUGCAUGAAAGGAAAGCAUUUAAUGCACAUUAAGUGAGCCUGAUACGCUGAAGGAUUGAUUGCAAAUGAUUGACCAAGGAAUCCGGGAAGAUAUAUUAUAAAAAUAGAAACCUUCCAAAACGACGGUCAAGUCAACAGUACGCGCAUUUAAUGCAGCUGUCUCCUCCUCCAACGGGCAGACAACCUCAGUAUAUAAGCUACACGAAGAAGAACAAGGAAGACAACUUUUGCUUCAUUCAUUACUCUGAACAUACUUCUUGAGAUUCAACCUUCAUAACACUCUACAAGAAAAGUCCUACGUUGGGAAGAUUCAAACUCCAAAUCUUUCAUCCCCAACAACGAGCAAAGUUCAUCCUGUUCUUCAACACUUCAAGAUCUUCAUCAAACAUCAUUUGUGACGAAGCAAGUUGGAGAAAAAAAACUUUGUGUUUUUCAAAGGAUCUUCUGAAAAGAAGGGCGUCCAAGUAACUGCAGUAGUGAAGUGGUGAUACUUCCGGGAAGCUGAGUGAAAGGACCAGCCAUCAGGACGUGGAAUUGCAUCCUGGGUGGCAUCUAGACUUGAAGAAGACGAGGAGUGCUUCUUAAGUGCUAGGAAUUAGCUUUGUAACCGAUCUACUUCAAAGCUAGUGGAACAGUGGACUAGAGGAACGCGUUGUUCCUUGAACCACUAUAAAAAUAUCUGGUGUCAUUUAAUUUACUGCAAUUUAUAUUUCUGCACUUAGGACAUUAACUGAUUAACUCUAAGACUUGGAAUCUGUGUUCAGCAGAUCUUGUUUUCAGAGUUAUCAUAAAGGCAUUUGCCUUAGUAUUUCUGAGGCUACCCGGACAGAUCAGAAUCCGC